CUCUUCUCUCCUCUCCCUUUCCUUACGCACACGCUCGCCACCCUAUGUCUUUCUCUCGUUCGUUCGCUGUCGUUGACACUGUGAUUUGCUAUGAGAUAAUAUAGUAACAAGAAAGCAUUUACAUGUGCACCCAAAUAUACUUGCAUCAUGCAUAAACCCAUGCACGUUUAUGCAAUUGUAUGUGACAUACACACUGAUUUAUUAAGAGAGCUGACUAGAAUAUCUGAUACUGCCUUUGCUAUUGCUGAGUUCUCGUGUGGUUUACCCCAUCAUCCCUCGCAACUGAUGAGAACAGCACCGAUCUGUUAUUCAUUGCAGUCUGUCCUGGCAUCCGACCUUCAUACCUCCUGACCGGAAGUGUUUCUUGUCAUGUGUUAUUUCACCGUUUGUUUCUAUGCUUAUGUCCUGGAUUUUGUCACCUGCAAAGAAUGGUGAUGCUUUCCCCCCUUCUAUUUUUUUCGGUUUUUGGACACGGGCCUAGAUAAGGGGGCGCUACGAGUGUCCUUGUAUGCGCAUGCAUGUGAGUUAGUGAUUUUCAAGAGACUAAAAGAUUCUCCUUGUUUGUGUUUUGUAUGUGACGUGACAGUAACAUGGCCAAGCAGAUGGCAUGGCAGCAAUAACGGCGUCUGCUCCUCUGUCUGAGAUACGAAACAUGCUGUCAUAUCUUGUUUGUUUACCAGUGUCGUGGUUGUGGUUUCUUUCGACCCUCCCACGCAAGCACGCACGCACGCACGCACGCACACUACCGGUGACACACUGGUGGCUGCUCUGGCCCUCCCUCACCCCAGCUGUUUUCUUCGUGUUGCAGGUGAAGGCGAGGAGGCCAAUGUGUGCAGGUUUUGCGGCAAGAUGUGCAGCAAUCGCUACAACCUUAAGAAGCACGAGCGAGACAUGCACUUGAACCGCGGCGCCAAGUUUGUAUGCGACCUCUGCAACCGGCAGUAUAGCUCGCUCAACAGUCUGCAGGUGCACCGCAGCAACUCCCAUCCGACAGGCGUCGUGCGAAGGCGCAGCUCCAUCGGCCCCCUCCACCUGGGCCUGCCGCAGCAGCCGCCACCUCCGUCGCUGUCCACGUCGCUGCCCACGUCGCUGCCCACGUCGCAGCCGCAGCCGCAGCUCUCCCCACAACACCAACAGCAGCAGCAGCUACCCGCGCAACUGCAAGCUCCGAUCCCACUGCCGCACCCGCAGCAGAUGAUUAAGUUCCAGCCGGACGAGUACCCGCCGCCGCAGCCCAUGCGGGAGGACAUGCUGCACCAGCCGCCCCCGGUGUUCGAGGUGGACGCAGACCCCUCCGACGCCGCGGCCAUCGCUGCGCUCUUCAGGAAGACCCUGAGGACCUAAUCGGUUUCCUUGUGACUGCCGCUCUUCCGAGGACCUGGCUCGCCCUCCGCGGGGAUUCGAGAGCGCUGAGUGGCGGAUUGCGUCCUGGUGGAUCGCGCGCUCCUCGCCGACGCGCUGGAGAACGAUACUCUUGUAUAAACUCGUUUUAGGCCUUUAGGCUCGAUCUGUUCCUAGUCGUGAGAGGUUUUUAAGUAUUAGACAUAAAGGUUGUAUGGACUUUGUAUACUUGUAAGUUAAGCUCUUUUGUCUCCAAAAAGACAUUGUGUUGGCGUCUUAUGAAGUAAAUCAGUGUGUUGUUUUACUUCUGUUUUCUGCAAUUUACUUUUAAGCACGAACGAAAGCGAAAGUAUCAUUUAUAUGUAAGAGUCUUUUGUAUAGAUCUUAUAGCCUCGUACGGAUGUAUCUUCGGCUUGUAGUUAUAAGUAACCUUUUUCAGUCACACUAUUUUUAUCUUUUAAACGGAGGAAGACUUAUUUUUAUAACACGCAAUGAAGAAGUCUUCAGAAAGGAAUUGUCGGAUACCGUUUACAAGAUGAGUCCAGGUGUGAUUGCUGUGAUUUGGCAAUCGUAUUUAUUUUGCAAUAGUAAUGUUUAUUUCCCUAUUCUGUUUGGGGGUUGCGAGGAAGAGGAUGGUGCUAGAGGGCGGGAGGGUGCUAAUAGGUGUAAGUGGAAGGCAGUCGAUAGAGAUAAGCCUAUGAGAAGGUCCUGUCCGUAGAUUGGUGUUAUUGGGAGUAAGAGGGAUGGAGUGGGAGGACGAGAGCCCCGCCCUGCACGAGUGGUGUGAGGGCGGCCCCUCCCCUCAAGGCGUGUCUCACCCCCUGGUCGGCUGUUUCAGGCGGAGGCGGAACGCUCCUGCAGGCGCCAGGUGUCUCCCCGGAGUUUGAAGUUGUGCCGCCCGUGUGUGAGCUCAUCACGCCCACACAGCCGCCUACCGUCACGCCCGCUCUCCAACAUCAGCAACCUCAGCCUGUCUCUGUGCAUUGUGGCUACGGCGCCCAUCACACUCCAGGAAUGGAAUCCCUCGGAGGCUCCCCCCACCUCGGUUACGCCUCCGACCCCGGUGCGGGGGGCGCUGCGACCACCCCGCUCACGGCACUCGGCUACACGCCGCCCGCAGGCAGGACCCGGCUCGCCACGGGGGAGGAGGUGGCCUGCGGUGUGUGCGGGAAGGUCCUGUGCAACAAGUACGUCCUUAAGACACACCUCCGGGACAUGCAUGGCCCGCGCCAGAGCAUGCAAUGCCCCGUGUGCCGCCGCAUGUACGCCUCUCUCAACUCCCUGCGGGCUCACAUGAGUGGCACUCACAAGAAGCACCAAGUGCCGCAGGUGCCGCAGCGGUACUAAGAGGGGGAGGCAGCCGGAGGUUAGCUGCAGUGUGGGACCGAGGAAGACCGUAGACUGGCAAGAGAAGAGCGAGAGACGCGGUGCCGAGGAAUAGCGAGCGGAGCAGGAGACAGAAUCUCAGAACAAAAAGACACGGUGGAUUCCGAAACCUAUUCUGGGGGUUUAUUUAUGAUCCACUCUCAGUGGCGGAAACUUGUUCAUAGUUGACAAUUUAUUUAUUUUACUGAAACUUUCUUUUUUCAGGGAAACUUUUGUAAUAUCAGUAUUUUUCACAACUCAUAAGAGAUUGUAAAAGGAAUUCAAGGGAGAGUUUGGCCUGGAGAAACAAAGAACUUGUACGUAUGCAAGAAACUUUCGCUAGAGGUUUGUUGCAUAUCUUAUAAGAUUCUGUAAAGUUGGGCAUUUUGUGGGAUGUACAAACCGCUGCCUCGUCGGCAUGUAUUAUCUAACUUAUUUUAUUUAUUUAACAAUGUGUGUACAGCACCUUGUGGCGUCCGUCAGGGAUUGUACAAACCGCAAUUUGUAGAACAUGAGAGACGAAAAGUACUUACUGGGAAUGUGACUGUGUAAUCGGGUGAAUGCGCCAGUAGUGUUUUUCUUGCUGUGUAUUACUUCAUAAGGACACUUGAAAAAGCGACACCAAAAUACCCGGCGUCGUCCAGCAUACGUCAGCACGUGCGGGGUGGGAUGCGACGCCUGGCUUGUUCACAACGGCAAGGAGGAACCGUACUCUUCACACUGCCGCCUCACCCGCACGUCGGUUGGGAUUUUAUUUUUAUUUUAUCGCUGUAUCUUUUACGAUUCCAGUGCUGGAAUCUUGAGUCCCGUGUAGGCGGCCGCACGUGUACUCGCUGAAUGUGCACAGACGGAGUGAGCUCACAAUGACAUCACACGCACUUAGUGAAAACACAUAUACAUACAUACACACACUUAUGCACUUAAUUGCACUUUACCUAUAUCUCUUAUCAAGGCCUGUACUUAAAAAAAGAAGUAACAACAACAACAACAACAACAACUCAGCAGCGCAUUUCUUAUUUUGCAUCCCAAAAUUUGUUAUUCUGAUUUCCUUUUCACUUUUAGCACCAACAAAAUAUGAGAGUGAGCAAUGGCCGUACUUAAAAUGCCAGCAAUAUUUCUUUUAUUUUUCCUCAUAGAUAUGCACUACACUACACAGUUAGGCUCGCACAAAACAUAACACUAUUACACGCACGCACGCACAAACACACACUAUUACACGCACGCACGCACAAACACACACUAUUACACGCACGCACGCAAAAAAUAAAACGGGAUGGCAGAGCAUUGCUAGCCUUCGUCAAUGUUCCUGAGACCUUCUUCACUAAACAGUAGUUGUAGAGAUGCUGUGUUUGUACCUUGUUGUCCACAGUCAAUAUUCUUUUUUUUCUCAUCAAUUUUUCUCUAUAGUUUUCGUAAGGACUUACUGUUAGAGGUACUUAGAGGAAAACAAAAAAAAAUAUAUGAGUUAAAAAAAAACGAGUGAAUGAUUUGGAUGUGUCCAAUGAAUAGCUCUCUAGUUUUGUUUUAGUGAACAGUAUUGUGAUCAGUGCCAAAACCGUUGUAAGCAUUUUAUAGAGGAGUAAAGAAAAACUAUGUGAAUA